AAGAAAAGAAAGAAAGAGAACAAACAAACAAAGAAAAAUAAAUAAGGAAAAUGAGACGUGGGGAAAAAGAGAGAAGGAGGGAACGUGCUUUGUCAAUAUUAGCCUACGAUUCCUAAACCAUAAAAGCGUGGCAUCCGUCGCCGUUUCUCGCACUCCCCCGCCGCUCUUCACACUGAUUGGCACCUCCUGUCCUGCGCGAUGGCAUUUCUUCAUAUUUCUCAAGUGACCGGGAUCCUGUUGCUCGUGUUAGCUACAGGCCAAGGCGCCCUCCUUCCAUCAGGCGCCGAGGGACUAACAGGUGACACAAGGGGGUCCUUCAGCUGCGAAGGGAGAUCGUAUGGGUACUUCGCCGACAUGCAGUCAGGGUGUCAGCUGUUCCACGUGUGUGUGCCCGUUGCUGAUGCUGAGGGACAGGUACAAGACACCCUCCACUUCCCGUUCUUCUGCGGCAACCAGACGAUUUUCAACCAAGAGACGCUCACGUGCACCCUCCCCGAGGACGCCUUUCCUUGUGCCCAGGCCCAGUCGCUCUAUGACGUCAUCAACGCUCGCUUUGGGGACGUGUCCGAAACGAAUGGGAAUGACUUCGGAUUCCAGAACGAGGUUGGAUUUCAGGACAACACUGGAUUCCAGGAUAAUACUGGAUUCCAGGAUAAUGCUGGAUUUCAGGAUAACACUGGAUUCCAAGAUGGCCUUGGAUUCGAAGACGAGAUUGUAAUUCCUAAUGAGAGCGGAUUCCAGAAUGACCAAGGCUUCGAAAACGAAUUGGCGUUCUCAUAGAAAACGGAACGCGACGAUCAAAAAAUAGUAUUGCUCAAUAUUAUACGCAUGUUCCUCGUUUUAAAUUAUGCUCAACUAAUCUUAAAAUGUCUUUGCUGACGUGAAUGUAGCCUUUUUUUUAUUUUUUUUUUACGAAACAAAAGAAGUCAGUAAAUCAUAAUGAUCAAGUUUGUCUUUUACAAUUCUUCCUUGACAACAGUAAUCUCCUAGGAAUUUGUCUAAUAACUGUUUAUAACCAAGGGUGAUGCUUGAUUUUGCUUGGCAGGAUGAAAGCUAGAC